AUGCAAAUCAAUAAUCUCCCAGAUAGCUUGCUUAUUGAAAUCCUUACAAGACUGCCUUGCCAAUUUGCUGUCCAAUCGAAAACUGUCUGCAAACACUGGCUUUCUCUCAUCUCUGAUCCGUUCUUCAUUCGUAGCUUUGUCCACCACCAAAGCCUUAACCAUUCUUCACCCUUCACAUUGGUGCACCAGUUUUAUUACUGGCAUCACCAUUUUGCCGAGACAGCUUCUAGGAAGCUCCAUGCAGUUUCCGAGCAUCCCAUUCUCAUCAAAUCCCAGGAGCUCUUCCUAGACUUUCUCCCCUGCUUUCAACACCCUAAUCAAAUAAAUCAAUGGCCUAUCCGCAUAGUUGCAUCACAUGGAGACCUUACGGUGUGUCAUGACAACAAACUGUUUUCUCAUCAAAGCAAGUACUAUGUUUGCAAUCUUCUAACCAAGCAAUGGCGAGCUCUCCCACCAAUCCCUGGCCGCCAUGUAGAGGAUGAUAUGGCCAUUGGUUUGGUUACUUAUGGUGAUAAUCUUCCAAUUUUCAACUACAAGGUGGUUCGGGUCCUUAAGCUAGGCUCCCAUAGUAGUCAUCUCAUUGCUGAGAUAUUUUCUUCAGAAACAGGGGAGUGGAGCGAGUCCUUGCUGUCCUGCCCACAGAGCAUACGCCGAUUUUGGCAGUUUAGGACAAGUGCAGUUACUCUUAACAAUUCCUUACAUUGGAUAAUUAACGGUAAUGAUGGAGAAACCAUGAUUGUGAUAGAUCCUUUUAGUGGCAUCAAUGGCCAAUGUAGGCUAAUCGAUCCCCCCUUUGAGUUAAAGUAUGAGAUGGCACACGUUUGUCUAGGAACCUGCAGGGAGAAACUCAGGAUGUCCACGAUAAAAGGGGUGCAUCCGAACCGGAUGCUUAAGGUAUGGGAGCUGCAGGACUAUGAUAAGGGGGAAUGGCACCUACAAUACAGGAUUUGCCUCAAAGAGAUGGUGUUUGUUAGUGAUUAUCAGUUUAACAUGCUCGAGUUUUCGACCAAUCUUGUGCUGAGUUUCCACCCAAAAGAUGAGGAUGUUGUGUAUUUGAGAUGCCAUAAUCAUAUAAUGAAAUGCAAUAUGAGGAAGGGAACAUUGGAUGUAGUUAGCAAGUGUCUCGGUGAUCCGACUUUUGUUAUCCGAACUCUCACAGUUUUUCCUCUGGUUCAUCCCUGCUGGCCGUCAUCAGUUCACGGCCAAGUGAAACACUGA